AUGAUUAAUAAAUUAUUUAAUGCAGACAGUUAACUAAAAUUUAAUCCUAUUUAAAUAGCUGUAAAUACUUAGUCAUUAUCUUCAACUUUAUUUAUCAUUAAUAUUAAUAAUGUCAUAAUUAUUUCUAUUUGUUACAGUAAUAUGCCAAUACCAAUUUCAAUUAUAGAGGUUAAAUUCAAAAUUAAAUAAAUAAACAUUAUCAAUCAAUAAUUAGGCUUAUCCCAUAUUUGUAAUUUAUGGUUUGAUCUUUGUUUCUAAGUCUGGAGCAUACAAAAUUUUAAAUAGCCAUUUUUUAUGAGAAAUAUGAUCAGUGUAGAUUAUAAGAAUUAUCUAUAAAUACUAUCAGAUAAUUUGUUCUAUUAUGUUCAAUUUAUAAAUUACACGCUGUAUGUUUACAAUCCUUACUUACCUUAACAUAUGAGUUUAUAUUAUCUCAAUUUAUCAUCAAAAUUGUAUUGCACAGAUUUUAGGAAGGAAAUUGAGAUAUAAUCUAAAAAUUAGAGAGGAUUUUUUCUGUAUUUAGAAAACUUUAUCAAUUAAUUAUUAAUUUACCAAAGUUUUGAGUUUAAAGUAAAUUAAUCUCUAGAUUUUACCCAUAAAUGA